GUUGUUCUUCUGGUUUACAUUCAAACUGCAAUAGCAAAUUUAUACUGUGGAGAGAAUGCGCGGAAUAUGUGCAUUUGGGGUAUUGUUUCUCUUGCUGAAUACUUCCGAUUCUAAGAAAGCACCUGGAAAAAUAUCACCAUGCUUGCAUAAUUUGCCCGGCCAAAAAGGAGUUAUAUCAUACCCUGGAUUCAAAACAAAUGGAAGAAAUCUGAAACUCUUUACAGAGAACCGAAACAUGGAUGGUGCAUGUCUUCUCUAUGGGAGAAUACCGCACGCGAAAGAUUUAACGAUUGAAAUAACUCCAAGGCAAAAGAGUUUGAUUUACAUUGGUGGUAAAAAAUACAGGACGAGCUCUUGGAACAACUUUAUUGCUAUGUACGGGGCAACAAAUGAUAUACAAUACACAACUAAACAUUCAUAUAAUGAAUAUCUGCAAGAUUUAAAAAAUGGAACAAUUCGGAUUAUUUUACCUGGAUAUGAAUUCUCAUUUUACAGAAUAGUUUUUUCUAAAAAAUCAUCAGUAUUCACGCUAAAGUAUUCCGAAAAAAAAAGCGUUCGAUGCAAAUCGCUCGAUGCUACAGUUGUAAAUGUUGAGUCAUGCACCGAUGCGAAUAAAAUUAACUCCAAAUGCAAAGUGAAAUGCACUGACGGAUUGGCUCCUUCUCCUUAUUUAUAUCAAAACGAUGUAAAUUUUUCAAAGUCAGAAUCUGUGCUCCCCAACAUAAUGACAAAAUGCAAAGGGAAUGGAUUCAAUCCUCCAUCGUGGGAUCCUGAUAUCACGAUUGCUGAUUUUAAACCUGUUUUUGAUGAGCAAAUACAACUACAUGAAUUUUCGAUUAAUCUGCCUCCUCUUCCUGACCAUCCCUUUUCCCCGCCAGACAUAGCCGCCAAUAACAUCAGAACUCAUGCGGCCUAUAUGCCCGGGUGGCCGGAUGUACCUGAUUUCGACACCGAAAUUUCAAUGGUUUACGCAUCGAAUAUUCCAGAUCCUCGUAAAUGUGUUAAUCUCAAACUUGUUGCAGAUAUCUGUUUUAAUGACGCCAGCAUAUACGAUUUGUAUUUGGGACGUAUUUCCACUUGUAAUUAUCCUGUCGAUUAUCUUCUUGAAUUGUUUGGAGAAAAUCAAGGAGAGGGAAUUGAUCCAGAUACUUUGCCGAUUCCAGCUCCAAAAUCAUUUACCGAAAAACUACAAGAACUCGACCAGAAUGAAAAAGCAGCGUUUUUAUUUAAACUAUCAGAGUUUGAUUCAAAGUGCAAUCCUCAGAUUGGAAUAAAAUGUUCGAAAGAAUUGACUGAGAAGUUACUUCAACAACUCAAAAGACAAAAAAGAAAUGUCAAAUUUAGUAAAAUGACAACCGCUGUUAAGCAGCUUUGGGGAAGCUAUUUUAAAUACUUGAACGAGGAUACAUGUUCUGAAUUAUACAGAAUAAUAUUAUUAGGCGUUCGUAGUGUAACAUUCAAUGAAACACCAAUAAUCACUAUUUUUAUUUCUUUUUCAAUGCGCAAAGCUGCAAAACGUAAAGUUGAAUGUUUGGGCUGCAGAAAUCCAAAACCGGCAAAGUGUGAAAGAACGAAACCAAUGUGA